CUGAAUUAACUGCUUCAUUUUUUAAGCUAUCAAAAAGUUUAUCUUGCUUAGCAAAGUAUUGUGAUUUACCACUUUGUCAUGUGAUUCCAACUAAUGCAAACAUAGAUUGCUAUUCUUUACGAUUUACACCACUAACUAAUUCUGCUGCAGCUAUACUUGUUGAAAAAUCUAUUUCAGGUGAUUCAUUACUAUGUUCCGUUGUUGCUUUACAAUUUAGACAUUUAAUUAUAAUUUUAAUUCAAAAUCCAUUUACUGUUAUCGAGGGCUUUUUAUUAGUAAUUUCAGCAGUAUAA